AUGCUCUCUACCCAUCGAGAGCAAGAGAAUCGGGUGCUCAGUCACCAGGGUACCUCCAAGCAGCAGCAGCAGCCCAAGACACCUGGAAUGCGAUAUCUGCAACGAGGCAAUGAGAAUGCACUGACAGGCUUUACAACGAAGAAGACAAUCCUAGGAACGACCAAACUAGGAGAAAAUGCAAAAUUUAUUGGCAAGAAACCGCUGCUAACCCCAACAGGACCUCGGAUUCGAGCGCCGUUGGGAAACAAGACGACAAACGCCAAAGCCAAAAACGACGAAGGCCAUGAGAUCGGCGGUAAGGGCGCCGCAAAGGGGAUUGAGAAGUCACAGACCAAGAACGCCACGAUUCAAAAAAGGAGACAGAAGCAGAGACAGAGACAGGCCGAACCAGCGCCAAAGAGGUUGCUCUUCCCGGCUAGAGACGGCCACGACCCCGACCAAGACGAACCUGAAUACGCUCCUCCCAAUCCUCAACCUCUACCCUAUCAGUCCGACGUCUUUCCAAACAGUAACCUCAGCUUGAAGGGGCUAAAUAAGGAAAAUCUACUAAAGGGCUACUAUGAGCAUUUUUAUAAUCCCGUGGACGACGACGGCGUGUCGCGCAUGGAGAAGCAGCUGGACAAGGAGGUGAAAACUGCUUUGGAGAAGGCGAUAGAGCGCAACGAAUGCGAGACGGAAGAGUUUGCAUGGAAUAGUGCUGAUAUAUCAGAUGAGUCGGAGGUGCGGUGGUAG